GCCACAAAUAUGUUGUCUCUAAAAUUGUUGCAUACAGCCAAAACAGCUAGAAUGUUUAAAAUAACUACUCUUUAUCGGCCAUUCAGUGUAAAGAUCCCUUCAACUUUUGAUGAGAUCUCUAGUUUGCUUAAAAGUAAAGGUUCAACUAUGAAAUCAAGUGAAAUUACAGAAAUCAUGAGGAAAACUAAUCAAAUCUUUGAUGACCAAUACUUCAAAACUCAAAGAGAACAUGGCUUGACCAACAUGAGCGCCCAGGACGCUCUUCUCGGUGACAUACCAUCAAAAGCGACUGAUAUUUUCAACAUUUCGCUUGAAACCCUCUCCAGUUCGAUCAGCACUCUUCCAAAAUCUGAGCUAGUGUCAUCACUCUCAUUAAUUGGAAGGUCUAAAUUCCCAUUGCAGAUCCACAUUGACAUAAUAGCCGGUUAUGAGACUCGUAUAAUCGAGUCUACUUCAGAAUAUCCUCUAGUUGACUUGAUUACUCUUGUCCCGUUCUUCACUCAGAUGAGGUACUGUCCUUCCAGGAUCAUCAGCCGGAUCAACCAAGAGGAGAAGUACAUUACUGUUCCAAAUGCAACAAUGAGGGACUUCUUAGCAAGCCUCAUUGAGAUAAAAUAUACAGAAGAGCCAGAGAUUUAUAAGAAGAUAUUCGACCAAAUGAAGCUUAUUGCAGCUAAUAUGGAGAUUAACGAGACUACUACUGUUAUAGAAAGAAUAGCACAAAUUCAGGGGCUAGGGCUUUUUGAGGAUGAAGAUCUUGCAGAUAAAUUCGAAAAUGAUGUCCUUGACUUCUUCUCUAAUAGACUAGAGGACCUGUAUAAAAGAAAUUCUAAGCCAAAUAAUGCGACUUUGACUAAGCUGAUGCUCAGUAAAAGACAGAUUAAUUUUAAGAAUGAUAUUUUGGAGAAAACUUGUAUUGAAUAUUGCUCUGGAAGAAUUUCUGCCUAUUUUGGGUUUGUAAUUGAUUCAUUCCAGCAUUUUGAUGGAGAGUAUAAGGAACUACUUACACAGAAAGUUCUGAAGGAAAUUAAAAGCUCUAAGGUGGAUAUUAGGCACCUGAAUUUAAACCAAGUCUCAAGAGUAAUGACUGAAAUCCUGAAAGUUAAUGAUGCAGAAGUCAGUCCAUUCUUAAAAUAUUUGAAUAGCAUCUUUGAGAAAGAGCCAAAUCAAACUAUCCAGCUUCCUCUAGCAACUGAAUUAGUCUACCAGCUUGCUAGAAAUGGGUAUAUCUCUGCAGAAGAUCCAACUCUUGUAUUCCAAUAUUACCUAGAGCAAGUAUGUGAUGAUUACAUGGACAUACCAGCUGAUCUCUACGUGAAGACACUAUGGACACUUGCGUAUAUGGAAAAUGACGAUAAUCCAAACCCUUUGAUCCCUAUCUUGUUCCAAAGACUCCCAGGAUUAAAACUCUCCAAGCCUCUCAGUGAAGAAGAGGCUGCUUAUUUAUACCAGUUCCUUUACUUCGUUAAGAGCAAAGUCAAAAUGGGUGCUUAUCCUCCUGAAUUCGACAAGCUAAUUUCAAAGCCAGUGCAAAACUUGGCAAAGAAAAAGUAUCUUGAACUUGAUAACUGCCAGCACGAAAAGUGAAAGAAAGAUAUGGGUGAACUCAUGAUCAACGACUUAAGGAUGAAAUUCCAAGAAAACCAAAGAAUUGAUGAUUCACUUCACGUUGACUUCCUUGUCACACCCAAGAACGGAUUAAAGUCCGCUAUUCUGAUCGAGUCAGAUCAAAACAUGAACAUUGAGCUUAAAGAGAAAGGAUUCUAUAACUUUAAAAAGAGGUUACUCAGAAAGAAAGGAAUUCCGAUAGUUUCAGUCAAUGAGCUAGGCUGGGAGGACUACACUUAUCAGCAGAAAAUCAGUGAAAUUGGCAGAAUCAGCAUUGACCAUUCAAGUUUUAGAUAAGCCAAUCUCUGGAUGAUCCUUG